GUAUCAGUUCCAAUCUCAUAGUCACUCAAUUUCUGACUUCUUCAUUACUCAAACAUCAACCGUGCUUCCUUCCUCUGUUCUGUGACAUUUACGGAUAUCCUCUUCCUAUUGGCAAUAACGCCUACUCAGGAGUCGAGUAUUGCUUCAGACCUCGGUUCAACUCAAUAUCCAGUAUCAACAUCGUCCGGCAUCAACAAGUUCGACUAACAACCUCACACAAUAUCCAAAAUGACGAUCUUCGAACCCAAUGCCCAGGCCUUCACCACCCUGAAAGCAACACCCAAAACCAUCGUAAUCACAGGCGGUUCCUCCGGGAUCGGUCUCGCAACAGCCCACCUCCUCUCCACCCUCAACCCUGCCCACAACCUCGUCCUAAUCGACCUCAACCCGCCACCUUCGACAUUCAAGCACGAUCCCUCACACCUCCUAGUACACACCUGCAACAUCACAUCCUGGGCCGCGCAACGCUCUGGCUUCGAAGCGGCUUACUCACGUUUCGGGAGUAUCGAUUGCGUAUUCGUAAAUGCCGGGAUCGCGGAGUAUGGCGAGCAGUUCUUCACUGAUGAGUUGGAUGCUAAUGGGAAACUGAAGGAGCCGGAUCGCAGAGUGCUGAAUGUAGAUAUGGAUGCAGCGAGCGACACGACGAAACUCGCUAUUCACUAUCUGAGGAACAAUCAGGAGGGGGGUGAGAUUGUGUUGACGGCGAGUUUGGCAGGGUAUUUGGCGAGUGCUGGGGCGCCGUUGUAUAGUGCUGCGAAGCAUGGUGUUGUGGGACUCAUGCGUGCGCUCAAACAGGAGUGCGCCAAACUGGGUAUAUCUAUCUCGGUGAUUGCUCCAGGUAUCACGGUCACGCCUAUCUUGACUAGCAACAACAGGCGUCUGAGCGCUCCACCGGAUGUGUAUGCGAAGGAGAUGGCGGCUAAGGGAGUGCCUAUCAAUAAACCCGAGAGCAUCGCGCUUGCGGUGUGCUGGCUUUUCAAUGAGCAAAGCAAGGCGAAUGGCGCUGGGCUGCUGAUCCAGGGAGACAAAUUUGCGGAUCUGGAGCGAGCAUUGGCGAAGAGCAGAGAGCAGUGGAUGGGGAAGGAGAUGUUGGCACUGUUUAGGGGUGGGCGAUCGGCGCCGCUUUUUGAUCGCUUGGGGACAGAUACAAAGGCUAAGAUCUGAGACAAGAGAACUUAAGCUGGGAAUAUUAGGUUCUAG